AUGGAUGGUGCUGUCAAGACAGUACAGGUAUGAAGAUCUCUUGUCCAGUUUCUUUCAUUCUAGGUACUGGCAUCUUUGUAGGAAGAUGGACAUUGACCAGUAAUCAUGUAGACAAAUUUUCUCACUGUUGUACAAUUGUGUAAAUUUAACAAAUAUUUUUCAUGGAUCACAAUUGACUUGAAGUAUUGUUUUUGAAUAGAUCGAUGAUAGUAAAACAGUUGGUGAUAUUCUUCAGUCUGUGUGUGCCAAAAUGGGUAAGAAUUUAAACCUUAUACUAUGAAGAAUAUAAUGGGGUGAAAAACGACUUAACGUUGACAAUCAGAUAGUAAAGAAUACAAGUACAAUUCACUGUACAAAUUCAGUGAUUUACUAGGAAGUACAAAGGAGUUAUAUGCCAAAUUUCAUGUUGUUGUGUUACUGUAGGUCAGAGCAAGAGUAUAGUGUAUGCGUUGUUGUGUAUCUAAUAUUUUUUCUUUCACUGAUACUGAAAUUCUCUUGAUUUAGGUGUUGGCAACUCAGAGGAAUUUUCCUUGGUAAUUUACGAGGAAAUGAUGGAGGAAGGCGAGGAGAUGAAGACAGCAACUCUGAACAGAGGAACAUUGAAAAAAGUGAGGACAAAAUCGCUCCUUUGGUGUUGCUACAGAGAGUGAUCAGAAUUGUAGUUUCUGAAAUGGCAAAUAUAAUUGAUUACAGCUCCAACUGGCAAACCGAUCUGCUUUUGCAUGUUUUUAAUGUUUUCAAAGUAAUUAAUCCAAACCUAUCACCUACGUCUUCCGGUUAUGUAUCGAAUCAGAGGCAACAUAAGUAAAGUGACCUGCUGGUGGUUAACCUUAUUUGAAAACGUUAAAAAUGUGCAAAGAAAGCCUCGGUUUGCCUGUUGAAGUUGUAUAUUGUUUACUGAAAUCAUGCCACAGCUAGGAUUUGACAUUUAAAAGCUCUCUUGUUGGUGCUCCAAUAGUGGUUGGUAUUGAUGGUGAUUUUAAAAUGUAAAUAUCAGGGCUCGAAACUUGCGGUAUCCCGAUAUCCACGGGAUAUCAGAUUUUAAUUUUGGAUACUGGGUAUCAUAAGCUCCGUAUCCCAACUGGAUACUAGGAAAACUUAGAAAUUGCGAUAGUAGAUAAUCAUCUAGAUGUUUGGCAUGUUUCCGAACUUCAAUGUCUAUGGAUUUUGGCAGAAUAUUUUUAAAAAAAUUUCACAAACGGUGCUUUCUUUCGUAUCGCCGCAGUGUGUUAUUUUCAAUUUUUUCGAAUUUCAAUACAUAUUUUUAUUAUUGAAACUAAAGGCCUGGUUUUUGCUCAGCAACUGAAGGCCUGGUUGCAAGGUAAAAUUUUGCCUUGCUUAGAUACUGAAAAUAGAAUAUCUAGUAUCCAAAUCUGGGCUACUAUAUUUCAAGGAUGGAUACUAGAUUCUAUGAUGCUGGUAUAUACUGACAAAAAUUUCAAGUUUCGAGCCCUGAAAUAUGAUGGUGAUUUUUGUAGGAUAAAACUGGCACAGGACAUCAUUCAGUCAAGGAUGUUUCCAUGAAAAAAAUUGAAGAACGAGAUAGAAAAAAGAUGGAUGAAAUGAAGAAAAAACUUCAUACUGAUGACGAAGGUAACAUUUCAAAAACCCCGACUUCUCUAGAAUCUUUUGUACUGUGUAUCUUAUGGCACUGCUCAGCGCUCAAGAACACGUACGAAACGUGCUCAUCAUUGAAUAUUCCGCAUGGGAUAUGAAUGCAUUCUAAUGUGUGUUCUGUUUCCAGUUUAUCUGGAAUGCAUUCUGGUGAAUCAGAAUCACUUACAGCUCAACAAGUUGAGUUUCAAUUCUUCGGAAUUUUCUGAUGCAAUAACAUACUUCAUUUUAGACCAAAUUGGGGAAGAUUUCUCAUGUUUUCUCUAAACACAUUCGGAUAUCUUAGGGGCGCAAAUCGAGCACAUUUUUUAAGGUGUUUUGAACGUAAUGUGGAACACGAAUACAGUGUUAUAUCAGUACUGUAGCUUAGCUUUGUGUUAUCUUAUUGCAGUUCAAUGGCUCGACCUGGACAAAACGUUACGUGAACAAGGCAUUGAUGACACUCAUUCGCUGCUUUUGAAAAGAAAAUUCUUUUUCUCUGAUAAAAACGUUGACAUCAAGGACCCAGUACAACUUAAUCUUCUCUAUGUGCAGGUAAUUGAUUGGUUACCAAAAUUCAAUCAGUCUAGAUUUGUUUCUCAAAACUUGAGUUUCAAGGUGGAAAUUGGGUUUGUCUUGCACUACCCUGUAUAUAUUUCAUUGAUUGAUUGUUUCGCUUUGCAUCACAAUUAUGGCCCUUUUUCACCUGGUAUUGCACAAGUAGAAAGUACUGUACAUUAUUACAUUUUUAUUUGAAUGUAGUGUAGUGAUGGAAUUAUCAAAGGAAGUCAUCCUUGUACUCAAGAGGAAGCAGCACAGGUAUUAAUGAACAUGAAAUAAUUGAUUAUAAAUACAAUUCAUAAAUUUUCUUCCACUGUAUCUGAUAUGUUUGUUUGUAUCUUGUACUUAAUAUGCAUACCUUUUUUCCCAGCUUGGAGCCUUGCAAAUCCAACUGCAAUUCGGUGAUUUUGCAGAACAGUUUUAUAAAUCAGGAAAAAUUGAGUAAGUGUAGAAAAAUUAUCACACAAAAGUUUGCUUUCACUGUUUCUUUUGCAGUACUGUAAAUAAUUGUACAACUUGUUUUCUUAGGAUUAAAGAAAUGUUGCCAAAAGAAUAUGGAAAGUCAAAAGGCAUUGACAAGAAAAUUAAAGAAGUAUGUUUCCAUAUAGAUUUCUUCUUUCAAAUAUUUCUAUAAACUAUUACAGUAUUACUGUGAAUAUUACAUAAACUAUUAUGUACAGUACAUAUUAGAUAAACUAUUAUUACUGUGCAUUAGGAGCAUAAGAAAUGUCACGGAUUGGACGAACUUCAAGCAAAGUUUAGAUAUGUGCAACUGUGUCGCAGUUUGAAAACCUAUGGUGUCACAUUCUUCUUGGUUAAGGUAGGGGAAUUCUUUACAGUCGGUACUGUACAAUACCUUGUUGUCUGCUGUUUUAAUUUCGACAAAAUCUUUGUCUUUGGUAUAAACAGGAAAAAAUGAAAGGGAAGAACAAAUUAGUUCCACGUUUACUUGGCAUCACCAAAGAGAGUGUACUUAGACUGGAUGAAAAAACGAAAGAGGUGCAGUUGUCUUAUAUUUUGAACCUUGUCUUCUUUGCCGAGAUAAGUAGUUUAAGGCUGCAUGGUUUAAUUAUAAUUACACUAUCAAAGUUUUUGUGAUCACAGCAGGAAUUUUGCAUGGAUAAAUUCUUCGUUUUGAAGAAUUUGUAAGCAGGGUUCGUACGCCCCCUGGAAAUCCUGGAAAACCCUGAAUUUUUAUUUUAGUCCUGGAAAACCCUUGAAAACCCUGGAAUUCUAAAUUUAUCCCUGGAAAACCCUGGAAAACUGAGAAACUGAGCUGGGUAUAGGAUCAUACCUAAACUAUUUAAGACUAUCUUUUAAAAAAAGAAAGAUUGAACGAAAGAUUCUUGCAUUAUAUAUAGUCAAACUAUGAAUGUAUUUCGUUCAAACUGGUACAAACCCAAAAGUAUCUGUGCAAGAUGAAGUACUAGCCGUCGCAAACGUUUCUUAUCCGUUAAACACUUAUAGAUUUAUAUUUCAAAUGCCCCUGGAAAACCCCUGGAAAAAGGAUGAAAAAAGUCCUGGAAAACCCUGGAUUAUUUAAAUUAUGAAGGUGUACGAACCCUGUCUAAGAAACGUUGAGGGAAUUACUGACUCGUGUGUUAACACUGACUCAGUUCUCUCGAACACAUUUCUUAGAAAUCCUUGAAAACUUAGAAUUUACCUAUUCAAAAUUCCUACUGUUAUCAAAGAAAUUUGAUAGUGUAAACCAUCCUUUAGCAUUGUUGCUGAAUUGCGCAUUUUGCCGCGUCGUUUAGACUCUAAAGACUUGGCCUCUUACCACAGUACGAAGAUGGGCGGCUUCACCAAACAGUUUUACAUUGGUAAGUAACGGAGUGACUUUUGAUAUGAUUCGUCUGGAAAUAAAAACAGAAAGGUACCUAGAGCAUAGAGUUUUAGCUAGAUCCCAUAGUUGGUAUGAAGUGUCACUUGCUCACCAGCGCAUAGUUCAUCGGUAUAAGUUUAAAUUUACAUUACAUUGUAUGGUAUUAUUGCUUUUAGGAUUUCGGUGAUUACACGGAAUCGUAUUACUCCGUCCAAACUGUUGAAGGCGAGAAAAUAUCUCAGUUGAUUGCUGGUUAUAUUGACAUCAUCCUCAAGAUAGUGAGUCUCACUCUAGGCGUGUUUUACUAAAUAUCAAGAUUCAGGGCCGUAGCGAGCGGGGGGGGUGUGGGGGUGUAACACCCCCCUGAUGAUUGCUCAUAUGAGCAAUUUCAGGUAAAUUCAGGUAGAUUUGCAGAAGAAAUUCAGGGUAAAUCAACGCAAUUUCAGGUAAUUCCUAGGACCAGAGAAAGUUAAUUUACAAAAAUAACUGUCAAUUUGGGAAAAAAAUAAGGUAUAUUUACAAAAAUUUUAGAAAAUCCAAGAAAUUUUCAGAAUUUUAGAAAAAUUUCUUUGAUAAACGGAGAAAAUUUGUGAUAUCCAAAAAGUUUUUUAUGUCGCGAAAAAUUUGGAUAUGUCCGGAAAAAUAUUUUUACCUCUAAAAUGGUACACUGACCGAAAAUGUUUUGGCGACGGGGGGGAGGUCACCAAAAAAAAAUUUUCCGAAAAAAUUUUUUCAGGUAAAAUUCGAAAAUUUGAUACUUUCAGGUAGAUUUAACCAAACCCCCCCGAAGCGAGUUCCUCGCGACGGCACUGUCAAGAUUUUUGUGGCAUCACACUCGAAUGAGUAAUAUUUGAUGGGUAUUGCAUGUAGAUGGAAAUUGUCGAGUUUUACUAAGCACUAUCGUACAGCAGAUGUUGAUCAACCUGCAGUUCUCAAAGUGAGAAAAUAAUGUUCAUUCUUUUCAUUAUAUGUAAUAGUCUUGUAUUUGAUGGCAAAUAAACAGAAACGAGAGAUGUAGUUUAAUUUUUCUUCCUCUGACAAAAUUUCAUCACUAUUCGUUGCCCUUUAAAGCUUGCUGAAACUCGUAAAUACCCUACACGUUUGUCGUCGUGAAAUGUAAGGCAUGUGCUGUCUUCUAUUGUAUCGUGGUUGCUCACUACCGUACAUACUAAUGAUAUUCUAUAGAAACGUGGAAAUGAAGGAUUCGAUAUGGACGCGGACGAGGAAUCGACUAUGUUAGAGGAUUCAGUUACUCCUUCAAAGUUAGUAUGCUACCAUUAGGGAGCUUAAGCAAACAACGUUUUUCUCAACACGCCAAACACAUUUAUUUAUGUUGCAAUAUUUCACAUUAAGGGGUACAAUCCUUGAACGUCAGACUAACAAGAUAGGCCAUGCCGAGCCCGGAUCAGUUGCCUUGCCAGGAAUUAUGCGAGCUGGUGGACCUGGUGCAACGCAGUUUGAUGUUGGUCAAAUGCAGGCAGCACAGUAUGGAACAGUUUCCGGUCAAGCAAAAUCUGGACAUCAAGCUCCAAUGGUAAUGAGUACUUCACUGAGGACAGUUUAGAACUGAUAGAGCUAUCCAGUAUAAAUAAAGUUAGUACAGUUUAGGUUUCUUCCUGUUGCAAUACUGUAUGGAUGAACAAGAGAUUGCUGGACCACUACUGAGAACAGUUUAGAACUCAUAUAGCUAUCUAGUAUAAUAAAAUUAGUUCAGGUUUCUUCCUGUAGUAACACUGGAUCAAUAAGGGAUGGCCCUUACUUGACCUCUAGGAAAAACAGUUAAGAACUGAUAUAAGUAAAUAGUAUAAAGAAAGUUUAGUUCAGAGUAGCUUUCCUUCUGUAGUAACAUCCCCUAAGAAUAAUAGUUUAGGUUACGACACCUAUAGUAUCCAGAUUGCCUCUCUGAAACAUUCACUAAUGGAUACGUUUGUCUGUCUAGACUGGUGGUACUCAGCCUAAGAUCCACAAGCCUGGCAAUGCCCAGCAAGCAUUCUUUGGACGUGUAAGCCAGGGCUUGACAUCGGUGAGAUCUGCGCGUGACGAAAUGGAGAAAUCCGCUGACCUUCCUCCCUUAGGAGAAGAUCCGGUGAGUGCAGUAAAACCACAAUAAUGAGUUUGAGAAGGAUCGUUAAGACCCGUUUACACUUGCAAUUUUUGCUUGCGAUUUCUAGCGCGAUUUUCUCCUUCUGAUGUAUGUGAAUGAGUGGAUGAAUUAUGAAUGUCCGGAGUACAUGUACUCGCAUCUUGACAUUCAUAACUUAUCCACUCGUUCACAUCUAUCAGAAGAAGAAAGUCACACUAGAAAUCGUAGCAAAAAUUGCAAAUGUAAACCGGCCUUUGAAGAAUAUUUGCUCUUCUGCUUGCUGUAUCUGUAUUCCUCCAUCAAUUUUCAGCAAUCACUCAAGUGGAAACAGAACAACUUGGAUGCAAACAGACAAAAUGUUGCCAACCGUCUCGCGGCUCUUUCUGCGUCCACAGCAUCUAUUGUGACGUUGACAACAGGUACGUCCAUUCACCACACGCUCGACUAUUUAGUUUUGCAAGUACUUCAUGUUACGUGCUUCCCACCUAGUUGAACCAGACGAAUCCAGUUACAACAAAGCGAGUGCAGCUGUUGACACAAUGUAAGUUGCCAGUUGGAAUUGUUUAUCUGAAUUGCAUUUUUUCAUACUGGAUAGCUCUAUCAGUUCUAAACUGUUCUCCCUAAAGGUUUGGUAAGGAGUGUAUUGAUCCAGUGUUACUGCAUGAGGACACUAGAGUUGCUCUAACCACUGUGCCACCAUUACACUCGGGUCACCAUGACAACCACGCCCUGUAUGUUAAUGUCGUCACUUCUUUCUGUAGUUCAUCCAAUCUUGAAGAACUAACUAAAGGUAUUCAAAUGAUCGCGGCUUUGAUGGAUGAAGAAGACGAUGGGAAUAAACUACAAGACGCUGCGAAGAACCUGGCCGACGCUUUCGCAAAUUUACUCAAGCUGCGCAUGGCAGUCCUGGCGCUCCUGAUAAUGUAAGCAUAGGAGAGUUGUUAGAGUUGAAUCAACAUCUGUGCUAAAUAAAUUGCCUUGAUUUUGGUCUUAACUACAUUGAAUUGCAAAUCUAAUUGCCUCCGGUGGAAAUUUUGUCCUUGGCUUCCUUGUCCAUAUAUUUAUCUGGCCAUGUAAUUUCCUGUUUGGUGAAAUUCUGUGUUGAUUUGCUCCAUCCGUACGUGAAUUUGUUGUAUUGAUUUGGCUCGCAUAAAGAGUUAUGAACGUUUCGCUACUAUUUGUGAACGUUCCACUGCUGUUUACGGCUAAUAGAGAGGAUUUUAAAAGGUACAGUUAGUCUUAGCAAAGCUUUUCAAUUUCUAUAUUGAUAUCUGUCUGCUUAUACGAAAACAAACCAGGAAACUUCGUGAAUCAGAAAGCGUAUUAAGAGAAUCUAAUUUUGAAGCUGAAGUUUUCAUUUAGCCGAUGGCGAUACGUGAAUUUGUUGUAUUUAUUUGGCUGGCAUAAAGAAUUGUGUAGGUUUCACUGCUUUUUACGGCCAAUAGAGAGAAGUUUAAAAGAUCCAGUUAGGCGUAACAGAGUUAUAUUUCUAUAUUGUAAUAUUGAUAUCAGUCUGCUUAUACAAAAGCCAAACCAGGAACCUCCUGACAUCAGAAAGCACGUCAAACAGUAUUUCAUUUUGAAGUUUUCAUUCUUUAGCAAAACCGUCAAAAGCUACUAGAAGCUGUUGGUGAUGUUGGAACUGCUGGAGCGAACGUAUUGAACUCGAUGGGCGGCGAACAAGAAGUCGACUCAGGAAUACAGGUAUUGAGAGACACAAUGUUAUCACUGCAGUUUUCUUGGACGCCAGACAAAUAAUUUGCAUUCGUUCGUAUGGUAAAGGCAAAGUUUUCUACGUGUACAGUACUGUACUAUACUAUAAACCUAAUAUACAAUAUUCGUACAGUGGUUUAAAUUCCCUUCGUUAUUUUCUCUUCUUAACUAGGAAAUGCUGUUAGCUCUUGCCCAGGCUGUGGCCAACGCCACCGCCGCUCUGGUAUUGAAGGCCAAGGCCAUUGCCAGUAAGUGUGGUGACGUUUCCCUACAAAGUCAGGUGAUUGGCUCAGCUAAAGAUACUGCCAUGACAACGUCACAACUGGUGGCGUGUACAAAAGUCUUAGCGCCUUCCAUCAACAGUCAACUGUGCAAAGAUCAAGUCGUUGAAGCUGCCAAGUUGGUAUCCAAGGCUGUGGAAGGCACUGAAGGCGCUUGCAAGGUAAAAGACCUGAAUUUACUUAUACACACCAUAAUCGUAAUUUACAUAUUAUUAAAGAUGAUGUCCACUCUGUGCACAUGCGCAAACUUUGUUUACAUUUUGAACUACUAUAUUUGUAAAAUAUGAUAUACUAACUGAAUAUCUAACACUUUUCUGGUUCGCUAUGCUUGUAAAUGAAUAUGAACUGUACGUUUCAAUUCAAAAAAAGUUCGAAAGAUAUCAUCUUUAACUUACAGUGGUCUCGUCAUAGAGAUUAUAAAUAACACUAGAGGAGGCAUCGAGUUUAAAAAUUGGGAACGCCGCUACUGGGGGGGGAAUUCAAGUCCCGGAUAUAAAAUCGUGCUCUCAUUGGCUGAUUUGAAACUCGUCACCAAUGGGAACACGAAUACACAUCCGGGACUUGAAUUUGCCCCCCAAUAGUCGCGUUCCCUUUUUCUUACUGAAUUAAGAUUACAAUGCCUCCUCUAGUGUUAUUUAUAAUCUCUAUGGUCGUGGUCACCACGCCUUUCAAGCUGGGAGACCCGGGUUCAAUCCUUGGUCGGAAAACCUGGGACCCCUAUCAGUUGGGCAAUAGCCUGUUGGGAAACCUGUUCAGGCCAAAAAAAAAUGUGGGUUUCCGGUUUCUUCUUAUAAAAACGUAGGUAGGGCUGGUCGGUUUUAACUUUUUUUUUAACUUUUUUUUUAUUUUCCUAACAAGCGGACGCCAUUUUGUUUAGUCAGUGCUUCCACAUCCAAAGAUAAAUUUCCCUAAUAUUGCCUCAAAUUUCAAUUUUCCACAAACUUUUUCCUCUAAGUGGAAACACUUACAAGCAUGAUCCAAUAAAAAAGUUUAGGGUCGGGAUUUCGACGUCGAAAAGCUAGGUAGGGUCGGGAAACUGGAAACCCACAUAUUUUUUUUUGGCCUCACCAAUGAGUGAGCGACUCGAGAAACUAAGUUAUACAACCACAAAUUUGUUAUUAGGAUGCCUCGUCUGAUCCGAACUUAUUGAACGAUUUGGCCAAUGCUGCGAAAGGUGUCCGUGAUGCGCUAAACAACUUACUAAAUAAAGUACAAGAGGGAGCGCCGAAUGAUCGUAACGUGGGCCCAUAUGAUGACGCGUGUGAUGAUAUUCUGAAUGCCACUGACCGCAUGUUUAACAGCAUGGGCAACGCUGGUGAAAUGGUGAAACAAGCUAAAGUAUUGGCUCAGGUAGGUUACAGUUGAUAUGUACUAUUUACAACACGAGCUGCCGUGUUGUAUCGGAUAUACACGGAUUAAACGAAUCUCUCUAUUUUGAAUAAUUUUUCAUGUACUUCCUACUCGUCUAGGCGAUGUCUUUUCUUGUAAACGGUAUCAAAGCUCAAGCGGAAGGCGAGGAGGACGCUGACUUACAGAAACGACUUUUGGCUGCGGCCAAGAACCUUGCUGACGCCACUGCAAAGAUGGUCGAAGCCGCAAAGGUUAGCUUUAAAAAUUACCGUAGAAUCUACUAAGUGCUGUAUGAAGCCUCCAAGGUCCAUUUCUUAAUUUUCGUUCCUGCCUGUGGGGAGAUGUUAAUUUUGGAAUUAUUAGCUUUGAUAAUUUCCGGUGUCUUUCUGAGAAUGGGUUUCCAAAAUAAUAUGCUCCAUACAUACCCAGUCUAGCCAAUACGAUGCAGAGUAUCACUAACGUGGUUAUGUUGUAUUACGUGGAAUAUCUAGGGUGCUGCAAGGAAUCCUAAUGAUGCGAAGGAACAACAAAGGUUACGCGAAGCAGCCUCUGAUAUUCGUUUGGCCACAGAUGCUGCCGCAAACAACGCGCUGAAGAAGAAAUUGAUCAAACGUUUGGAGGUAAGUGACCUUUUACUUCUGCCUUCUCUCUUUUCGUACUUUGACAAAAUUUGAGUCCAUUUAUUCUUCUAGUUCAUUUUUUGUUAAUUUUCCCCUUGAUUACAUUCUUACCGUUACUUGAUUCCCAGAAACGUGUGGGUUUAAUCAACUUGCCUUCUUCUUCCUUCUGUAUUUUUCUUCCAUUCUUUACCGUACAUCCCUCCUUUCUUUAAUUUCUCUUCCUCUUUCCUUCGUGUAUACCUUCUUCUCUUCCAUUCUGUUCAUUUUUACCAAAACUUCUUCCCGCAUCAGGACGCUGCCAAGCAAGCUUCAGCGAUGACAACUCAACUGUUAACAGCAGCCGACCAUACAUCGGCCGCAAAUCGGAACCCCUCGUCACAACAGCUUCUUCAAGACCAACUCAAGGUGAACACACUUUACAAUGACAUUGUGGUGGUAAUUCAUUAUUCUGGAAACAGUCUUAACAUUGCUUCCUUCUUGUUUAGCCUGUUCAAGAACAUGUAGAAAAACUCAACCAAACAAUUCAAGAUAGUAUGAAUAAUCCAAAUAACCCAACCACACAAUUGAACUUGAUUAACACCUCCAAAGACUUUAUACCGGUACGUAUGCUUACCCACCAAAUGAUAGAAAAGCUGUUUACGGUCCAUCUUACUCGAAUAAAUGCAUGUGAAGAUGUCACAUGUCAGAUUUCGCCAUAAACUGAUGAACAGGAAUAGUGGCAAUCCAGCAGUCGUUUUCAUACGCCAGAAUGACACUCGACUAUAGUCGUAUCGUGUAAAUGGGCCUUUAUGUGUCUAGCCCUACGUUGACAGCAUUCAAACAUUGUAGUAAACCAUGUCACGAGCAUGCUAUCCGUGAUUUUCUAGCCUGGUACAAAACUCGUAGCCGCAGCGAAAGCAUCUUUACCCACGAUGGGAGAUCCUGUUGCUAGCACGCAACUUGGUGGCUUCGCUAAAGGAACUGCAGCCUCUCUCGCUGAACUCCGAGAUGCAGCGAACAAGGUAAAUAUAUCAUGGAUAACGCUUUGAUGAACGAGGGGGGCAACUGUACGUUGGCUGGGUCCAUCAGAGAGUGGAGUGGAGUAGAGUAGAGGCCAUCAUACAACCUGCGUCUGAUCAAUUAUAGUUUCUUGUCUUGUUUUUGUAUGUUAUAUAAAAUUUGAAUGUGUGUAAUAUUUUUUAGGCAGCAGAAGCAUGCGGUUCAAUCGAGAUUGACAGUGCAUUGGAAGGCGUGAAAUCUCUUGCUGAAGACUUGGAAGCUCUGGAGAAAUCUGCCGACGAAGGAAAACUGCUCCCACUGCCUGGAGAAUCGGUAAGUUGUGUUCGGGUUUCUCUUCGACUCGUUUCUUUCUUUCUGCAAGGCUACAGGUGUAGCUUAGAAAUGUAUAGAAAAUAUUUAUUCAACUUUAUCUUUUUAGUUGGAAAGCAGUUCAUUGGAUCUUGGUGCGACUUCAAAAACAGUCGGUUCCUCCAUGGCACAAUUAUUGACAGCAGCCGCACAGGUACGCUUCAACAGAUAUGACAAAAUAUAAGAUUUUUAAAGUGUUUUGCUUCCUUGCAAGAGCACUAUGAAGCAAAAUGCCGCCAAAAUUAGUUCUACCAGUUUUUGGGUGGCGUCUGUGUUGACAAAAACGUCGCAUGCCUAAACUCGCUAGUAUUAAACAUGUUUCGCUACUUUUGGUAAAUAAGUGUAAUCCUUGAAGAGGUUACGUUCGUUUACUUAUGUAUAUUGAGGAAUACAUUUUCGUUUUAUGAAUGAAACCGUUUCACGUCCUACAUUUCUUGCCAGGCAAACGAGAACUACACAGGUAUAGCCGCCCGAGACACCGCGAACGCUCUCCGAGUACUUACCGAUGCUGUACGAGGUGUUGCCGCUGCUCUUGAGGACAGAGACGAUCAGAAGAAUAUCAUUAAGGCUGCACAGGACGUCAUGAGAGCUUCUGCACAGUUACUGGAGGAGGCAAAGAAAGCGACCAGUAAUCCCAAUGACCCAAACAACCAGCAGAGAUUGGGAAAGGUAGGGAUACAGAGAGUCAGUUAUGGACUGAGCUUGGAUAUAGAGGGUUCGUUAUGGAUAGAGCUAGGAUAUAUAAUGGGUCAUGUAUGGUCAGUAAUCCCAAUGAUCCAAACAACCAGCAGAGAUUGGGAAAGGUAGGGAUACACAGGGUCAGUUAUGGACUGAGCUUGCAUAUAGUGGGUCAGUUAUGGAUAGAGCUAGAGUACAUAUAUAGUUGGUCAUGUAUGGGUAUAGCUUGGAUUGAGUUAGGGUAUACCCUGGUUACCCAAUUUUUCUCGGUGUUUGUAGGUUGCUAAAGAUGUGUCCCAGUCACUGAAGAACUGCAUCAACUGUCUUCCUGGACAGAAGGAUGUUGACGAAGCCAUUCAACGAGUUUCGAAAGCAAGUGAACUCCUUGCCUCUGAAGAUGUAAGUCAUCAUUAAAACUCAUUUCCAAACUUACGAGUUCAUCUUAGAUAUGUCCUAAAGUUCUUUCCGUGUUCUUCAGUCAGGGUGCGAUAAUUCGCGUACCAACGUACCGGAGGUACGCCAAAUUUAUGGGCUGGUACUUCUUUGUUUUUAGGCAAGUACCACGUAGGUACGCGGAAAUUUGCCAUUCGCGUACUUACAUUUUCCUUCUAGCAAUAACUAGCAAACAUAAGUAUUCAAAACCGUUAGUAACUUUAGCUGUACAUUUAAAUUCCACGCAUCCGACAUACUUUGGGAUGAAAGAAGCCAAAAGAAAAUUUAUCGUCAUUGCCCGCCUGAAAAAAAAAUCUCUCGUGUGAGCGAUUUUAAAAUCGUUAUCGUGAAACGCCGACAAUUUUAUCAUUUUCGUUGUAGUGUGGACACCAACAUAAUUUUUUUAAAAGUUAUCGUUACCGUUGUGUGGGGUGACCUGGGCUUAAUUGCCAAUGCUAUACCAAGGCCAAUAAAAAAAAUACCUGUGGUUCCGGUUUCCCGACCGACCAUAUUUUUUUCUGCCCGUGGACCCCAUUAGGACCCUAAUUUCUCCGGGUGGUUGCGGGCUGCUCGUACAGCGUGCCAAAAUAUCGUCUGUUGUCGUAAUUAUUGAACCAAAUUGCCUAAAUUCGUCUGUAGGAACUACGCAUUUCUAGUUAAUAUUGAUGUUGGGACUCUACUGAAAAUCGCCCAGCAAAAAACUGCCAAAACCAUGGAAAAAAAUAUCUACCUAUACCUAACCUAAUUUUUUCGCGAUAUGAAACCGGAACCACAGGCUUUUUUUAGGCCCAAUGAGGAAAACUACACUGUAUGUAGCUGAGGUUAGACUGUUAGCACCCUUGGUAAAUCCGCUGUAAAUGAGCGAUGGCAUUCGAGUCACAACGUCGACACUUUGAAAACUGUUAUAUUAUGUACUGUUGUAAUAAAAUACCAUUACAUUUUUUGCUUUUGGACCAGUAAACUAUACGUAGGUAUGAAAACGCAUGCCCCGUUUACACUACGCUCAAUGUUUGGUACGGCACGGAUAAAAUUGGUACCCGUAUCACUUUUUUGGUUCUUGGACUACCUAUUUAGGUAGUCCAAGAACCAAAAAGUGGUACGGUACCAAAAAUUGAGCGUAGUGUAAACGGGGCUUUAGGUACGUCUUGACUCUUAUGUUUGUACCAGAUCAGGUACGCGGCAAAACUUGUCGGAGUACCUGUCAGGUACGGCUAAAAAUAUUGAAUUAUCGCACCCUGCUUCAGUUCCCACCGAGUGACGACAGCUACCAGAAAUUACAAGACCAAGUGAACGAAUCUGGUGCGUUGUUGAACUUGGCUGCAAGUGAUCUGGUGCAGGCCUCGCGUGGUUCACCAAAUGAACUUGCCGUGUCCUCUCAGAAAUAUUCCAAAUCGUUCGAGGAUCUCAUGAACCCUGGCAUGCAACUAGCUGGUCAGACUACGGUAAGGAGAGUCUGAAGUGAAUAUAAAUUUAUAUAAUGAACAAUUAUUCACCUUGUUGUAUUUUUUCUAACAUAGUUUUGUAUUUGUUAAGGAUGACGAUACGAAAUCGGCUUUAGUGCGCAGCUUAAAGAACACAUCAACGGCCUCAAGUAAACUUCUCCUCGCAGCCAAGUCCCUCGCUGCUGAUCCAAAUGCUCCCAAUUCCAAGAAUCUCCUGGCUGGAGCUGCGAGGUUGGUGUUGUGUACUAUGAUGUGUUGAUUAUAUCAGUUAUACUAUGUGUUGAUUAUAUCAAUUAUAUUGUCCUGUUUCAGAGCCGUGACAGACAGUAUUAACAACUUAUUGAAUACAGCAAUGACUGCUGCUCCUGGUCAAAAAGAAUGUGAAAGCGCUCUUAGAAAUAUUCAGGUUUGUGGAAACUUGUAGUUGGCUGGAAACUUAAUACGAGAAAUGAUAUGUUUACAUACAAAAGAAGACAUCGAGAUCACUCAUCUUUACUGACUCACAAGAGCUAAACUUUCUAAGUGUUAGUAUUGAAACAUUAAUAUAUUUCCACUUCAGGCUGUAUCUAAUCUCCUGGAGAACCCGGUCGAGCCAGUCAAUGAUUAUUCGUUCUUUGAUUGUCUUGAUUCCGUGAGUGAGAACUCGAAAGCUCUACGAGACGGAAUGACCGACGUCUCUGGAAAUGCCAAGACAGGAGAUAUGUCUGCAUUUGACGAUGCAGUGAAGAGCGUCGCUGAUGCUGUUAUUAAACUCACUGAAGCCGCUUCUCAGGUAUAAACUAAACCAACUUUAUUUCUUGUUCACCUUUCUUUAUUUCUCUCUUGUUCACCUUUCGUUCUCUUUACAGGCCGCUUAUCUGGUUGCUAUUUCGGAUCCAUCAAGCGUAGCUGGUAAACCAGGUUUGGUUGACGCCAAUCAAUUCCAGCGAGCUCGACAUGACAUUCAGAAAGCUUGUGAUGAUCUACUGAACCCAUCCAGUAAUCAACAACAGGUCAGUUUUAAUCUCAACCUACUAUAAUAUCAGAUAUUUUCCCUUCGGUCCAGGUAAAUGAUUGUAAACGCUGAACAAAUUGCAUUCACGAUUGCUAUGAUCUAAAAGUCAAAACGAUUUGGACUUAUUUUUGCUUUUAACUGUAGAUCUUACAAUCGGCGACGGCAGUGGCUAAGCACACCUCAAACCUCUGCAAUGUAUGUAAGGCCGCGUCUGCUAAGACCAACAACCCGGUGGCGAAAAAACAUUUCGUUCAAGCAGCCAAGGAUAUUGCCAACAACACAGCAAACCUGGUCAAAGCCAUCAAGGUAACUACAGUCUGGUUUACAUUAUCAAAGUUUCUGUGACCACAGAAGAGUUUUGCAUGGGUAAAUUCUAAGUUUUAAAGGAUUUGUAAGAAAUCUUUGAGGGAACCGACUUAUUGUUUAACACUGACUGAGUCCCCUCAAACAUUUCUCACAAAUCCUUUAAAACUUGGUAUUUACCUAUGCAAAAUUCCUACUGUGAUCACAGAAAUUUUGAUAGUGUAAGCUGGCCUUAGAGUAACUUUAUAAAGUUCUCCCCAGAGGUCCAGCAACGCCCAACCGUUAUUCAUCCAGUGUUACCACAGGAGGAAACUAGACUACCCUGUGUUUGGUAGAGUAAAAGUGGAAACACUCUUCUCACAUGCGACUGAGGUGAAAUUAUAAUCAGACGACUGCAUAUUGCAGGAAUCGAACCCUGGUCACAGAAGGGAAAGGUGCGUGUACCAAUCACUGGCAUCCUCUCCAACUCGCAGCUAUUUUUUACUUUUCCUUAAUCUCAUCGUGUAGGUCUUGGCUAAAGAACCAAACAGUGACCACCGUAAAGAAUGUGCUAAAUUCAUUGUUCCAUUGAUCGAUAGUGUCGACGAUCUCAAUACGUACGCAUCGUCACCCGAGUUUGCCGCCGUACCCGCCAAGAUCAGCGAAGAG